AUGAUACCUACACUCGUCAGCACGGCCAAGCCUGGUCCCAGACCUGUUCUAUGGAUCAACGGAUUCCCUGGGACUGGGAAAUUAACGAUAGCCAGAGAACUGGCUCGUAUCCAUAUACCGAGCAUUUUAAUCGACAACCAUCAGCUGAUAGACCCAGUGGCGGCAAAGUUCUCCCGAGACCAUCCUCGAUACCAAAUAGAGCGAAAACUCCGACGAGCAUGGGCGUUUGAGAACUUUGUCUGGGAGCCUACUCGAUUGUUAGAGGCAGUGAUAUUCACAGAUUUCCAGUCAGACAACGAGCUUGGCACAAAAACAGCACAAGAAUACUGCGACGCUGCCCAGAAAGCCGGUCGGCCUUUUAUUCCUGUAUAUUUAUCGUGCGAGGCUGAAACCAACAUCAUAAGAGCCACUAGUGCCGAGCGGCACUCAGGGAACUACAUCAAAAUUGACUUGCCCUGA